GGGGAGGUGGAUCGUUCUUUUCGUUCAACGCAUCGUCGAAUGUGGAACUCGGGUCGUAAUCUGUUGUAAUCCAAGCUAAAAAUUAAUUUAAGAUAGUUGUAAAAUGACUGAAACGCUUCAGCUAAGAGGUACACUUCGGGGGCACAAUGGAUGGGUCACCCAAAUUGCGACAAAUCCGAAAUAUCCGGAUAUGAUACUCUCCUCUUCACGUGACAAGACUCUUAUUGUAUGGAAAUUAACGCGCGACGAAGCUAAUUACGGUAUACCCCAGAAACGGUUGUACGGUCAUUCUCAUUUCAUCAGCGACGUAGUAUUGUCGUCUGAUGGCAACUACGCGUUGUCCGGAUCAUGGGACAAAACUCUACGCCUUUGGGACUUGGCUGCAGGCCGUACAACAAGAAGAUUCGAAGACCAUACCAAGGAUGUUCUUAGCGUUGCCUUCUCUGUGGACAAUCGACAAAUUGUCUCCGGUUCUCGGGACAAGACAAUAAAGCUGUGGAACACUUUGGCCGAGUGCAAGUACACGAUUCAAGACGACGGUCACACUGACUGGGUCAGCUGCGUGCGAUUCUCGCCAAAUCAUUCGAACCCUAUCAUCGUCUCUGCUGGUUGGGACAAAUUAGUUAAGGUAUGGAAUCUAACGAACUGCAAAUUGAAGAUCAACCACAGCGGGCAUACAGGGUACCUUAACACAGUUACUGUAUCCCCCGACGGUUCGCUCUGCGCCUCUGGUGGCAAAGAUUGCAAGGCCAUGUUAUGGGAUCUGAACGACGGAAAGCACCUUCACACUUUGGACCAUAACGACAUUAUAACAGCCCUGUGCUUCAGUCCAAAUCGGUACUGGCUCUGCGCCGCGUUCGGGCCGUGGAUCAAGAUUUGGGAUCUCGAAACGAAAGAAAUGGUCGAGGAAUUGAAACCAGAGGUUGUGUCCGCGACGAGCAAAGCGGAGCCGCCUCAUUGUCUGUCUCUAGCGUGGUCUACCGACGGACAAACGCUGUUCGCUGGAUACUCGGAUAACACGAUCCGUGUCUGGCAAGUUUCUGUAUCUAGCCGUUAAGUUCUUUAUACAGAAGUUAAAUAAAAAAAGAAAAGACUAAAAAGACGACGGAGGUA